GCGCAGUCGGUUCGCUUGAAGCUGCCGGAGAGCGCAGAAACCGCGAAGUCGACGAAAUCGGAGAUCGAUACAGGUGGGAACGCGAAACCCAGGUGGGGUUGAUCGUCGAGUAUCUAUCUGUGUGGCUAGAGCGGCGUUUUUGUCCCGAGGUGUGAGCGAAACAGGAGCAGGUGCAGUGUCUGUCUUGGUCACACAGCUCGACUGGUGGGGAAGCUCGAGCUUGGACAGCAUGGCCAACAGUGUUUUCGGGUGUGCUAAAAUAAUAUACGUGCGUUUGUUUUGUUAUGGCUUUUUUCCUCAUGUGCAGUAUGUUUGAAAUGGAGUUUGGCGAUGUCAUUCCGGUUGUCAAGACCUCUGUCGGGGGAACAAGAGUGAUUGGGCGAAUGUGUGUAGGAAACAAGAAUGGACUGCUACUCCCCAAUUCAACGACAGAUCAAGAGUUGCUCCACAUCCGGAACUGUAUACCUGAUGAAGUGGUGGUCCAGAGAAUUGACGAGCGUCUAUCGGCUUUGGGCAACUGCAUCGCCUGCAAUGAUUAUGUGGGUCUGAUUCAUACAGAUCUUGACCGGGAAACGGAGGAACUGAUUGCUGACGUCCUUGGCGUGGAAGUCUUCCGCCAAACGAUUGCCGGAAAUAUUCUUGUAGGGAGCUACUGUGUCUUCUCAAACAAGGGUGGCUUGGUACACCCUCGGACUUCUAUCGAAGAUCUUGACGAGUUAUCUUCUCUACUCCAGGUUCCACUGGUCGCAGGCACGGUCAAUCGUGGGAGUGAAGUGAUCGGUGCUGGCAUGGUUGCGAAUGAUUGGACUGCAUUCUGUGGUCUGGAUACAACUGCGACAGAGUUGUCGGUUGUCGAAAGUGUGUUCAAACUGAGGGACGCCCAUCCGAGUGCCAUUGUGCACGAGAUGCGGGCAUCGCUCAUAGACAGCAUGGCAUAACUUUUUCAAUAUAAUACGAGCAUUAUGUAUCUAUAUAUAUGUCCAUUGGGUCCAUGAGGUUUUCCCAGGCAGUCUCUUUAUCUGGGUGGGUGUCAAGUUGUCUCAGCAGUGUGAAUUCCCUAUGAAGCGCAGGUUUGCAGGCAUCGGAGAGAAGGGUUGUCCAGGAGCGGGCGUCAAUUGCGUGUGGAGAUGUACACAAUUUAGAGAGAGUAUGAUCACAAGCGGAAGGUGUAACUGCACCCCGACAUUGUUGAUGAUGUACCCACUACCUAACAUUUGUUGUCUGGCUGCUAAUGAUGUAUAUCAGCUUUUGCCUACCUGGCCAUUCUAUUUCAAGUUGAUGUUGAUCGUCUGUCCCGGCACUAACUGUGGGCGGCGCUGUUGAGGAUCUGCAGGUUACAGUGAGGGGCUUGCGACUUGCUACGUUAAAAAGGUCAGUUCGGUGAUUGGUCUGAUGAACAGUCUCAUGUCCUAUCACCAAGUCCACCGUGUCUGUUGCUUUGCCAAUGGAAGUACACAGUCACGCUUGGCUGUCGACACCAUUGUCUUUGUGACUCAACAUGUCGAAAUGGCUUUUGUAAUCACUGUG